CCUGUGUGCAGAAGGGAAGGUUGAGGGAAAUAUUUCGGCUAAGGCUAGAGACGUGGCGGGACCCGCCGACACCCGCGGGGUGUGAGCGCAGGAGUUGUCUGAGAGCAGCCGCAGCCUCCCCGGCUGGGCGCCGGCUUUCCCAGCGGGGACUCCGGGGCGACGACCCCGGGCCUCUGCCGGGGCCAGGGAGGACUGAAAUCAGAGCUGCAGAGUCGGCCCCCUGGACUGUCACCCUUAAGCGGCCAGGGACCCAGGCGGGUGGCCGCCAGUUGGAGAGCAGGCGGCUGAGUCCUGCGGGCUUUGGAUACCGGUACCAUUCAUCUGUUCAUCUACUAGACAACAAGGCGGUUUAGGCAACGCUACCUUGUCUCAGCACUGCCAAGGCUAUGCGAGAACGCGGCCAGGACAGUCUGGCAGGACUCGCUCUGUAUGUAGGACUCUUUGGGCACCCCGGGAUGCUGCACAGGGCCAAGUACAGCCGCUUUCGGAACGAGUCCAUCACGUCUUUGGACGAAGGCAGCCCAGGAAGCUCGGGUGCAAGUAAGAGUUCGCCGCCUGCUCCCUACCCGUCGCUGGCUCCUCACCUGCCGGCUGAAGAUGCCACGGUGCCUCCCCACGAGAGCCCCACCCCGCUAUGCACCUUGAUCCCCCGCAUGACCAGCAUGAAGCUGGCCAACCCAGCCACUUUGCUGAGUCUGAAAAACUUUUGCCUGGGUACCAAAGAGGUGCCCCGUCUGAAACUCCAAGAGAGCCAGGACCAGCUUCCCAGCAGCUCGGCUUCCCCUGAAACCAGUCUAAGUAGGACCGGGCCUGCACCUACACUGCAUCCAGACCAGGUGGGGUACAGGGUCACCCCCUUGCCUCCUGACUGUCCACUGCCUGGCCCUAGAGAGCCAACCCUCAGAAGCAGAGCAGACAGGCACUUUCUGCAGCACCUGUUGGGGACCGGCAUGAACUUCUGUGUGAGGUACAUGGGCUCCAUUGAAGUGCUGAAAUCAAUGAGGUCACUGGAUUUUGGAAUGAGAACCCAAGUUACAAGGGAAGCAAUAAGCCGGUUGUGUGAAGCUGUCCCUGGGGCGAGUGGAGGCAUUAAAAAACGAAAGGCUCCAGUUAAGUUCCUAUCAACAGUUCUUGGCAAAAGUAAUCUUCAGUUUUCAGGAGUGAAUAUAAAGCUGACCAUUUCAACAUGCAGCCUCACACUGAUGAAUCUUGACAACCAACAGAUUAUUGCAAAUCAUCAUAUGCAAUCUAUUUCAUUUGCCUCUGGAGGGGAUCCUGAUACCACAGACUAUGUUGCCUACGUAGCUAAAGACCCAGUCAAUCAACGAGCCUGCCACAUAUUGGAAUGCUACCAUGGAAAGGCCCAAGAUAUCAUAAGUGCCAUAGGGCAGGCUUUUGAACUCCGGUUUAAACAGUACUUGAAAAAUCCUUCCUUGAAUCCUUGUGAAAGCGAGGAGGUGCAUCCUGAUGGCCCAGCUGAGGAGAGAGAUCAUGACUAUUACAAUGCAAUCCCAGGGAAGCAGCCGCCAGUAGGCGGCAUCUCAGACGUGCGGAUCAAGGUUCAAGCUACAGAACAAAUGGCUUACUGCCCUAUACGGUGUGAAAAGUUGUGCUAUUUACCCGGGAACUCCAGGCGCAGCAGCGAAUAUGAGAACUGUGUGGAACAAAGCAGGGCACUAGGUAUUUCCCAGGUGAGAGGGAUGCAGUCCUCUCGAGUGGAUCUCUUUGAUGACCCCUGCUACAUUAACACACAGGUGUUUCACAGUACACUUGACUGUGCUGGAAAUGAAAGCUCAGUUCAGCCACAGAGGAGCCCAUGGCAUUGUGGAAAGGCACCAAAAACUGUCCAGCCAGGUGCUGCCGCCCAGCCUUCCAGCUCACACUCUUUGCCACACAUUAAGCAGCAGCUGUGGAGUGAAGAAUGCUACCAUGGCAAGCUGAGCAGGAGGGCAGCAGAGAGGCUUUUGGUUAAGGAUGGGGACUUUUUGGUUCGAGAGAGCACAUCAUCUCCUGGCCAGUAUGUACUGAGUGGACUACAAGGUGGCCGGGCAAAGCAUCUUCUCUUGGUGGAUCCUGAAGGCAAGGUGAGGACCAAGGAUCAUGUAUUUGAUGAUGUUGGCCACCUUAUCAGAUACCAUAUGGAUAACAGUCUGCCAAUCAUCUCCUCUGUAAGUGAAGUAAACCUUAAGCAACCAGUAAGAAAGGAUAAUAACCCAGGACUUUCACACUCCAAGAAAUGACAACAUUGAAGUGCCAUCACAGUGGUAUGGGGAGAAUAUUGUGUUAGGACACCGAGACAAGGCAAAUCUUUUCUCUAGAGAACAGAGCACAAACUGAAAUGUGUCUUUCUGAGACCACUACAGACUAGGCCUUUUACUAAACAAGGAACAAAUAGCCUAUCUUCAGAAAAUGAAGUCAGAAGAUGAAGUUUGGUCCAUUUGAAAAGAAGUUGUUAUACAUGUGCACGGAGGUCACUUUUUAAAGUCACACUGCAUUGAUAAAAAGCUAAAAGCACAACUCAAAUUUCACAUGCUAAAGACAACUUGAACUGCUGGGGCAGUGGAAUGUGCCUUUCAACUUGAUAAUCUGGGGACAUUUUCAUAUGGGGAGAUUAAUUCUAAGUGUCUUCAUAUUCUAACUGCAGAACCAUUUGCCAAAAGGUUUUUCCUUCCUGAAAAAGCAAGAAGAAGCAAUUUGAUCAACAGUGUUGACUUAAUUACAUUUUCUGUUUAGUAUCACUUUUUCCUCUAUAUUGUUAAAUAUGAUACUGACGUUGAAUUCGGGCUGUGUCUGUGCCAGUGGAUCGAAUCAAAAGCCACUGAAAGUAUUGGUCUGUUUCAUUAUUCUAACCCAUUUGUUGGUUAAAAGGUCGAGGCCCAAAUUCAUUGGCCAGUGUUCUUCAUUCUUUGUAUUUGGGCUAUUCAUCUGCAACAUGUGAUAAGCUGAAGAGGACAAACCUGUUGGUCACUUCUGAUUCUGUCACAUUCUUCCAGCCUUUAUUUUAAAAAGCUCCUGAGUACAGAACAAACUGUGACAAACAAAACUAGUAUCAUCAUAUUCAGUGUCUACACUGGUUCCAUUCUUACUGAGAGUACAGAAACUAAAGUAUAGGAAACUUUUCUUUUCAUUGGCUGCCACUGGAUCCCAGUCUAACACCUGUAUGUGUCUUAUCACCCUUUCUGCGUACGAUCAGACAAAAUACGGAAGUGAGAAAAAUAUGGGGUGAAGUGCUUGGGAAGACCUGCCACAUUUAGCCCAACUGCUAAACCCGCAGUGUAAUUAAGAACUGUGGAAGAAGCAGUAGGUAGAGGCUAUUUGUCACUGUGACUUUUAGCAGGUUGCUAAAUGUGUCAUGAUUCCAGUUUUCUUGACAGCAAAAUGAGGGAGGUUAGCUAGGUGCAUCCAGAGGCUCAUUGCCAUCUUAACAUAGUGUGAGUCUAUAUGAAGCAAGUUUUUCCUGUAUUAGAGAGGUUAAUAUUGACAAGCAGUCUGUAGUUAUGGUUAAAAAUGUAAGCAUUUCCCUUUUAGUCUAUGUUUGUGCUCUAAGAAUAAAGGGCAUAACCAAGAUCAACAGUCACACAGUUUGACUCCAAACCUUUCAUUAGAAAACAAGUAAUGUUGGUGCAGUAGAUUUGGGUUGCUUUGAAUAGCAGAAAAUGCGUUAGUCCUUACUUGCCUUUUACAUAUAAAGCUAUGGCCAUCAUUACUGUAGAGUAUGUGGUUUGUUUGUUUUCAGUCCUGAGUUUUCUGGACAGCUUUCUUAAUUCCACUUCAGUUUGGCCAAGUAGAUACAAAAGAUACAUUUGGUAAGUUUUACUUUUUGGAAGUCAUCAGAAACCAAGUACAGUGAACUUUCUU